AUGUCUGACCACGAAGCACCUAUCGUCUCUCACGGCCGUGGAGGUCAGGGAAAUAUCGGCGCAGACCCUACGCAGUACAUCGACGGCGAAAUCGUUCGUGAAGGAAACUACGGCGACCAAGGCGAUGGCGCUUACUCCGCCGGCCGCGGUGGUGCAGGAAACAUCGGUUCCCCGCGCGUGCGCCCAACCUCGAAAGUUCCCCACGACGCGGAAAUGAUACCCGAGCUCGCGGUGCGGAAUUCCAGUGACGAGACUUUCCAUACCGGUCGUGGUGGUCAGGGAAAUGUGCAUCUUGAUGAGGCGACGAAGAAGGAGAAGGAGAGGAAGCAUUAUGCGCAUGAGGGGUUGGCGGAUCGGUUGAAGCAUAAGUUGUUGGGGAAGAAGUAG